CGGGGCGGGGAGCGCGCUGGCCUUUCAGGAUUCCCCAGGUGUUGCUCGAGGGCAGUCCUCCGCUCGGGUUAGGGGACGUCCCUGCCCCCUGGCACGGCUGCAGAACGGCUCUGGUCGCCUAGGUGUCAGCAGCGAGCCCAGAUCGUCUACGUCCCUCUCCCGCUGCAGGGCUCUCCCGUUCAAUGGCCGCCGCUAUUGGCCAGCUAGCUGCUGGGGCCCGAGGGCCCAGCCGCUUCCUGCGCUGCGGGCGGGUUCUGCUCACCUCCGGCGACUGCAACCGGGGAGCGGCCGGGGCGAGGCAGCCUCAGCCCGAACAACAGCUCACCAUCUGCCGGCAGCUGGAUGGCAUCAGGACCAUUAUCUUGAAUAAUCCAAAGAAAAGAAAUGCUCUGUCAUUACGUAUGCUGAAAUCUCUCCAAAAUGACAUUCUCCACGAAGCUGAAAGCAAAGAUCUAAGAGUCAUUAUCAUUUCAGCUGAAGGGCCUGUAUUUUCCUCUGGCCAUGAUUUAAAGGAAUUAACUGAUGAGCAAAGCCAGGAUUACCAUGCGGAAGUAUUUCAGACAUGUGCUGAGGUCAUGAUGCUAAUCCAGAAACAUCCUGUCCCCAUCAUUGCCAAAGUGAAUGGUUUAGCCACUGCUGCAGGUUGUCAGCUGGUUGCAAGUUGUGACAUUGCCCUGGCAAGUGAAAAAUCUCAUUUUGCAACUCCUGGUGUGAACAUUGGACUUUUUUGCUCCACUCCAGCAGUUGCCCUGGGAAGAUCAGUUCCUAAAAAGGUCUUUUCCACAGGAUCCAGUGUACCACGGAAGAGAUCAGCAUUGAGCUCUUUGAAACAGGCUCAGAUCAUUGAGGUUGCCUUAGAAAUGCUGUUUACUGGGGAACCCAUCACAGCCCAGGAAGCGUUGCGUCAUGGGCUGCUCAGCAGAGUGGUUCCAGAAGAGAAGCUGGAGGAGGAGACCAUGAAAAUAGCCCAAAAGAUCUGUUCAUCGAGCCGGUCUGUGGUGGCAAUGGGCAAGGCUACCUUCUACAGGCAGCUGACCCAGGACCUGAAGGGCGCCUACCAUCUCGCCUCCCAUGCCAUGCUGGACAAUUUGGCCACUCAGGAUGGGCAGGAGGGAAUCACAGCCUUUAUCCAGAAACGCAAGCCUGUAUGGUCACACUCGUAGGCUACAGCCACUGGAAGUGUCAGGAAGAAAUGAAGCCAGCCCGGGAAAGCCCAUGAUACCUUUCGGGGGGAAAUUCUUUUCUUAUUAUCUGCAAUGUCUUAUAUGUAAGCUUAUGGGUUUGGUUUCAGGGCUGGAGCUUUAGAAGUUUUACCAUGG